AAACCCAGCUAAUACUCCAGAUCAAUAACCUAACCAAAGAAAGAGAUGAGUUAAUGAAUGAAAGAGAAGAACUGAAGAGAUGGCUUUCUGAACAAGAUCCGUGCUCUGAUAAAUUUAAAUGGAUUUACUUCAACUUGAGUUUUUAUUACAUUUCAUCUGAGAAGAGAAACUGGAGUGACAGCAGAGGAGACUGUGAAGAGAGAGGAGCAAAUCUGCUGAUUAUAAACAACAAAGAGGAACAAGAGUUUGUGCUGAAGGCUAUAUCUGGUUAUUAUCAUUAUUGGAUUGGUCUGAGUAAAGAGAGAGGGUUGUGGAAAUGGGUUGAUGGCACCAUAUUGACAUUAAGUUUCUGGAGGAAUGGAUCCCCUGGAUCUGACAAUCAGUCCUGUGCUGAAAUAUUUACAUCAGGGUGGACUGAUCAUUCAUGUGAUUCUAAUAACAGAUGGAUCUGUGAGAACAGAAUUUUACUGUGAAAUAAACUCAUGAAGUAAUACACCAGCACCAGUUUGUUUAGUAAUUGUGUUUUUUCUGUGUUUUCCCCCGAUUCUAUUAAUGUAAAUCUGUUUUGAAACAAUUACCAAUUGUGAAAAGCGCUAUAUAAAUUGAAUUGAGAUGUUUACUAAUUUAGUUUGUUAUUAUACAACAGCAAACAUGCCAGUGCUGGCCAUCUGUGGGACUACUGUGGGAAGGGGUGGGCAGGGCAAACCCGCACAAAACCCCAAGUGACAGUUUGGGUUAGCCCCCUAUGACUUUGCCCUUU